CUCUCUCUCUGCCUGAACCUUGAGGAAGAACAACUCACCGGAUGAGACACAAACAAGCUCCUGUCAGACGCUGGUGAACACAGGAGGAGCCACGUCCAUGGAUUCAAACCUGACAGACAUGCACCUGUACGCUCCCAUUUGAAUUAAAGGGAGAUUUCACAACUUCUCUGCCACCAUGAGUCUGGGAAAACUGCCAGGGAUUAAGGGCCUUGUGUCCAGCUCGCAGGGGAAGAGCCGGUUCAAGAGCGACCUCUCUGUGGACAUGAUCAGCCCUCCGAUGGCCGACUUCCGACACACUAUGCACGUUGGCCGCGGCGGAGACGUGUUCGGUGACACUUCCUUCCUCAGUAACUACGGGGGCGUCAAGGAGCCUGGAAGUCCGGAUUCCACGAGCAGCUCCAAGACGACGGGUUUCUUCACACGCACCUUCAAGCACGUCCGGAAGAACUCUGUGCCACGGCCGCCGCGCAGGGGCUCCCGAGACCUGUCCCCCCCGCCGGACAUCUCACCCAUCAUCAAGAACGCCAUCUCCCUGCCCCAGCUGAACAUGGACCCCCCCAACGGGUGCAUGAAGAGGAUGAUGUUCCCCAGCUCAACAGAGGACUCCCUCUGCACAUAUGGUCUUCAGUCUGGAUUCGUCACCCUGCCCCGCCUCUCUCGCCUCGACAGACAGUUUCAGGACGGGGACGUGCAGAGAGGAUCUCUAACCGACGGCAGCAGCGUCACCAUGACUCGCUCGGACUCGCUGGCCUCGUUCACCGUGGACCUCGGGCCGUCUCUCAUGUCUGAGGUGUUCAGCUUGAUUGACGACCCCCACUACUUCCAGAUGUCCAACCACAGCCCGGCCGCAGAGGAGGAGGAUGAGGAGGCAGAAGAGGAAGAUGAGGACUCUCUAACAGAGACGCCUGUGCAGAGCCCUGAGGCCACGUCUCCCAACCCGUCCAUGAGCAGCAGGUCGUUCAGCAGGACGAGGGACAGCAUAAAACGGUCAGGCAGCUCUAACAGGGACGAGCAGGAGGAGGACAGGGGGUCUGUGAGGACGCCGGACGCGUCCACUGGGUCCCCACAGCGAGUGGAGCCUGUCAUGGAGGCAGAAAAGUUCCAGAGGGCAGCGGACGUGCUCUCUCGUCACUACGGCGGGGGGUCCUUCUCGAAGGGGACGAAGACGAGCAGCACCACCCCCUCCCCUGCUCUGUCCUCCAGCCGCAAGACACCGUACGGCAUCACCGAGGAAGAGGAGGAGAUCAAAGUGUAGAUGUUGAAACUCGGACUGAAAGACAGACUUCAAACUUAACUUUGGUCCAACAGAACUGUGGGAAACAUCGAGGGAUCUGAGGGUUCUUUUAAAGUCAGACAGGUUUGUAUGAUGUUCUGUUCUUCCUCUGCAGAAGCAUCACUCCUCUUCCUCCUCAUCUUCCUCUUCUCACAUGCAUCACUGAUCAGCGUCCAGAUCCUGGUCAGUGUCUGCAGGAGGAAGGUUUCCAUUAUUGACCUGGAUCCUGGACGUUCUCCUCUCUUUUUUAGAUUAUUUAUAACAGAAACUAUGUUAUACAGAGUGAAUGAAGAACACGCAGAAGAACAGUGGUUUUUAAAAGACUGCUCAUUUCUUCCCAGCAGAUCAACACCUAACACGACAUAAAACAUGAUAUGAUUCACAUGAAUAAAGAUCACGCAGCAUCGGGACUAUAUUCUCAUAUUAAUAAAUGUUGUAAACGUCUGCAUACGUUGGAAAUAAGUUAACCGUCAUAGGAAAUAAAAUGCUUUUUUU